GCAGCAGGGCACAGCAGAGCUUCUAUUGUUCUUGGCCAAGGAGAAAAUCCUGAAAGAGCAGGAGUGAGUUUCUGCUGAGGAGAACUGGAUUAUCGUGAGGACUGUACACAGCAGACAAACAGCAAAGAAGAACAGACAAAAACUGAGAUAAAAGGUGUUGCUCAGAUGUGGGUUCUUCACUGAUCCGUCUCCCUCUUGUCUCAUGACCCCCAGGAAACUUUGUAAUGGAACUGAUCUUCAUACUCAGCCUGUUGUCUAUUGCUGGUAUAGCCAUGUCCUUCCCCAAAGACCUGCAGCCAAUCACCACAGUCGGGCCUGAAGACUCGCAGUUAUUUCCCAGUUUUCAGGGUUUAGUGUCUGAUAAUGACACGCAGAAUUUGGGACUCGACUUCCAGCGCAUGAUCAGAAUCAACCACAUGCUCUACAUUGCUGCCAGGGAUCAUGUAUUUGCUGUGAAUCUUUCAGCUUCAGUAACUCAGAUCAUCCCUCAGCAGACACUGACAUGGACGUCUACAGAUGUGGAGAAAUGCACCAUGAGGGGCAAAAACACUGAUGAGUGUUAUAACUACAUCAAAGUUUUGGUUCUUCGAAAUGAUGAAACGCUCUUUGCCUGUGGAACCAAUGCUUUUAACCCAACAUGCCGUAAUUACAGAUUGUCGUCUCUGGAGCAGGUGGGGGCGGAGCUGGUUGGACAGGCCCGAUGUCCUUUUGAGUCGCACCAGGCCAACGUGGGAAUAUUUGCAGGAGGUCACUUCUACUCUGCUACGAUGUCAGACUUCCAGGCCAGUGACGCAGUGAUCUACAGGAGUUUGGGAGGGGAGGGCAGUCCAGUCUUGCGCUCCAUCAAAUAUGACUCCAAGUGGCUCAGAGAGCCUCGAUUUCUACAUGCCAUUGAAUAUGGUAGCUAUGUUUACGUCUUCUUCAGUGAGAUCGCUGUGGAGUCUAUGGCUCUUGGGAAGGUUGUGUACUCACGAGUUGCGCGUGUAUGUAAGAACGACAGUGGUGGGUCUGCGCGAGUGUUGGAGCGCUACUGGACAUCGUUUUUAAAAGCUCGACUGAACUGUUCAGUUCCUGGAGAGUCCAUCUUCUACUUUGAUGUGUUACAGUCAAUUAGCAAUGUAAUCCAGAUUAAUCAGCGCCCUGCAGUGGUGGGAGUGUUUACUACACAGAAAAACAGUAUCCCAGGCUCAGCAGUUUGUGGGUUCUACAUGGAUGAGAUUGAGCGUGUUUUUCGAGGCACAUUUAAAGAACAGAGGGGGACAGAUUCAGCCUGGAGUGCAGUUCCAGAGGAGCAGGUCCCAAAACCACGUCCAGGCUCAUGUGCUGGAGAUGGUUCUGCAUCUGCUUUCUCUUCCUCUGUGCUGUUUCCUGAUUCCACACUCUCCUUCAUUAAAGCUCAUCCACUUAUGGAUGAGUGUGUGUCUUCCAUCAACAACCAUCCAUUUCUCACACACACUACCAGCAGCUGUAAACUUACUCAGAUUGUUGUGGACACGGUUGCUGGACCAUACAAAAACUGCACUGUGAUCUUUCUGGGCUCUGAGGAUGGACGUGUUAUGAAGGUCUUGAUGAAUUCUGACCUAAACUCCUCCCAAACCACCACAUUGCUGGAGGAUAUACAUGUGUAUAACCCCUCAAAGUGUAAUGAAGAUCGCAGACGUUUGGGUCUGGAUCGCAAGGUGUUGGGUCUGGAGAUGGAUAAGGAGCACCAUGCACUAUUUGUGGCCUUUUCCAGCUGCAUUAUCAGAGUUCCACUCAGUCGCUGCACUCAGCAGUUCAGAAACUGCAGGAGCCACUGUCUCUCCUCCCAUGACCCAUACUGCAUCUGGCUGCAAACAGGAAGUUGUGCUAAUGUGUCACCAGGAUUUAAAGGAGGUUUUGAACAAGAUAUUGCUGGAGAUCAAUCACAGGUUUCUGACUCCUGUAAUAACACAAUUUCAGAAGCAGGAAAUCGUAACUCAGAAAUGGAUUCAACGUUUGGUGUGUCGGUGGAAGAAAGGUCCAGCAGCAGUGUCCACUAUGUGCUACUCAUCAUGUUUGUGGUGGUGGCAUUCAUGUGUGGAGCUUUUCUGUCUGCUAUUAUGGUUUUGUGUUACUGUGGUCAGCAGAGUCAAUUGGCCGAGGCUUCUGACCUGCAGGCCAAACUCAGCCUGGCCAAACUGAGCAGCCUUCUGGAGCCCCAGACCCACAGAGCAUCUGAACAGAUCUACUGUUCUUUCCUGUCCAAGAACAAGCAGCACAGAGCAGCUGCUGCGCACACAGUGCCUCCCGCAGUUGGCCAUGACCACCAGCAAUCCCAUUUGCCUGCUCCUGACUCCACAACUGAACUGACCAUCACACAAACAAAAGCCUUUUGCAGCCAGUGGGAAAAAAACUAUAAUGUCAGCUACAGCUUGGAGGAGAAAGUACCAGCUCAGCAGGUUGUUCCUUUCACUCAAAGCCUCACUGACAACCAGUCAGCUUUCCUGUCUCUCUCCAACAACCAAUCUGCUUCCCUGUCCCUCUCCAACCAGUCAGCUGCCCUGUCUUUCUCCAACAACCAAUCUGCUUCCCUGUCCCUCUCCAACCAGUCAGCUGCCCUGUCUCUCCUCAACAACCAAUCUGCUUCCCUGUCCCUCUCCAACAACCAAUCUGCUUCCCUGUCCCUCUCCAACAACUAUUCUGUGUCCUUGUCCCUCUCCAGUGACCAAUCAGCUUCUAUGUUCCUUACCAACAACCAGUCAGCUACUCCGAUUCCCUCCCACUCUCCGAUGGAAUGGCAGUGUCAGGGUCCAGUGGACAUGGCUGCUCAGAGUGAGUUUCUCAAACAUGUCCAUCAAAAACUUGAUGAGGCCUCUAAAAGGGACAGAAUAGCUGCUGUGGCAUCUGUUCUGUUGCCAGGAGCUACAGGCUCCUCUGACUGUGGAGUCUCAGUUGAAGUGGAUUCAUACUACAGUUCAUCCACCCUGCAACAGGGUCACCAGCUUCCAGUAGAGCAAAUAAGGUUAUUCUUCCAGUCUGAGUCAGACUCAGAAAAAGAACAAGACAGAAGGAGUGAUGGACAGACAGACAGAAAGAGGGAUGGAGAAAUGAAACAGGAGUCAGAGUGUCCAGCGUGGCAUCCGUCUCAGUGUUUGUCUCUAGUAAAGCUGGACAGUGCAGCUGCAGUGUCCCGUAAGCACAGCUUUAACCAGAACAAGCUGGUUCAUAUCAGCCCCAGUGGGAACACUAGCACUAAAAUUAAUGGGCAAAAAAGCUUUGGGUUUGACCUCAGUAACAGAGCUGACGGGUUCGACCUCAGUAACAGAGCUGAUGGGUUUGACCCAGAUAACAGGGAUGCAGAAUUUACCCGAAUUAAUGGGGCUGAUGUUUUUGACUACAGGUUGCUGCACCCAGGGAGUUCAUGCCUCACCCGUCAACACAGUUACAGUGAACAGCCACACACAAACACCCACACACACCGCGCUGCCAUCAUCCGGCGCGCAGCCUCACUCAAACCACACACACCACCCAAACCACACAGAUCCCACAGCAGGCCCCCUCCUGCAGGAUUUACCUGCUCACUGCUGCCUUCAUCAUGAACUGAUAAUGAUUGGUCAAAUUUUUUACUAAGGUAUAUGAACUAUAACAAGAAAUUGAUAUUUAAUAAUUGUAUGAUUGUAAUAUAUGAUUAUUAUCUAAAUUAAAAUAUAUGUUUAAAUAUG